CAACCGGAUGCCACGGACUCCAGACGCACGAUAACAGACAGUGUGUGUAUUCCUGUUCAUCUGGCAGUGGCGGCGCACAGGUCAGCUAUCAUGGCCUUUGAUGAAUCACCAGAUGUAGUGGUCAUCGCUACCGCGCUCACUCGACUCGAGAACCUUGCUGCUGAUGAGUACAUUAUAGCAUUUGGUCCAGAUGGCAAGCAGUUUUGUGGCACUCCGAACGGCUAUUCUGCCACUCACCUACCGGCAAAGGUACUCUCUGAAGUAUCUGCGGGCCACAUCAAGAAGAUAGUCUGGGCUUCAUAUGGAAGUGACGCCGAGUCCUGGUUCUUUGCCUUCGAGACAACAGAUGGCGCCAAUGCGUUCCAGAUCGGUCACAACACGCCAAUAGCGCUGCGCCAGUUCAUUCUGCUGCUCAGUGAGUCGGAGCACCUUCUCGCUUCCCUUCGCGUCCAGCUUGGAGACAAGGAGUCUUUUGUGGUGUGGACGCAUACAGUUUGGGCCUGCUCUGAUAUUCCUCACGCCUUGCAAGAUAAGCUGUGCCAACUGAGCUCCGCUUUCCGGGAGUCUCACGGCGUCACAAAGGGCUCUCUUAAGAGCGGCACGCUAGACAAUGUACAAUGGCAUCGUAAUGGAACCUUUUACGCUAAGACUCCUAGUCGUCACACGGGGUUCUACACAACAAAAUUCAUGCUCGCUGCAUGGAAUGAACUUUGGAAAGAGAGAGGACCCGAGCAGCUAAGUUCUAAGAUACAGAACGAGCUCGCAUAUGUUGCCAUUGAUACUCAUGCACCCUGCGGAGAGACUUUCGCGUUUUUUAAGAAGCAACAGCCCGGAAAGGAGGCGCCCUUUGUUAUCCACUUCGGCCAAGAAGGCCUACGCACCAACCUGGUAUCCAGCGAUGAGUAUCCACCAGCCACGAGCAUGCAACAUGUGCCUCAAAAGCCAGAUGAACCCGCUCACUAUCAGUGGGCGGUGAGCAGGAAGUCAGGUCGACCGCACGCAAAGGAAUCAUGGGAGUUAGAUCUCAAGAAAGGAGAGAAGCUCAAGGUCUUACGAGACAUGGGGCGGGACUGGCACGUUGUCGAGGGUAGCAAUGGCAUCAUCGGCUGGGUGCACCGCUCAUGGUUGGACUUUGGCGACCGCAAGCUGCACACAAACGCAAAGACUGCGUACGUGCAGUUCCAAGAGGAUCUACAGAAGCUGCUGGUGCCCGGUCAGCUAUGCAACUUCCCAUCUAUGGUCAACUACAUGGACGCAUGCACCAAGCCUGAGUGCCAACUGCUGAAGGAAGACGUCUCGUCGCUGGGUAUAUGUCUCCACGAUUUGAUGGUUCUCUUGGAGGGCGCUGGUAGCUAUUCCUAUGAGUGGCUCAAGGAGGGACGAAACAUGUGGCAUCCGGAUAGAUUCGCUCGGUUCUGCCAUGCAGACUACGCAGAUCGUCUGAAACCAAUGGCAGAGCAGAUGUUUGUGUUUUAUGGCAUCCUAAUGGACAUGUGCAAGGUGUAGACCAAGGUCUUCAGACUUGAAGAGAGGUUUGUCGCCUGAAUCGCCCUAUGGCGUAUACCAGGGGUUGGUGUUAGUCGAUCACCGCGGAGACAGGCAGGAACCGACAUGAUGGUAAUACACUGGUGGAAUCAGUACAAAAUGGGAAUGAAUUCCCUAACAGGCCAUGUCUCGUGUGGAUAAUCUCCCCCUAAGGAAUGUUGUAUCAAAUGCCCG